AUGGACCCGACCAGUGACACGAUCGAGUACACGAUCAAUGCGCCCAUCGUUCAGACGAUCAUCGGAGAGCUGUUCUUCAACACCGACGCGAUCGAGGCACACAGCGACGACGAAGAGGAAGAGGACGUGGCGUCAGCAGCGUUCCACAGAAUCGUCAAGCUAGCCAAGCAGAAGAAACACGCCAUGUUGUUGUUUAAGCCGGCAGAGCUAGCAGCGGAGGGGGCGGCGUCGUACACAGUGACGAUCAAGAAUCCGAUGCGAUUUCAUCUAGUAAUUGAUCAUAUUAGUGCAGGAAUUUCAUUUAAGCAGACGGCUCUCGCAAUCGGACACGCCAAAAACCGGGCCCAACUGCCAAAGCUGGCCGGCAUCAACGACUUCAUAGUCGGCAAGUUCGUCCGGGUGCAAGUAGCAGUCGCGCUGCAACUUAUUGCCGACAUGCUCAGCAACGACGACCAGGUCUGGGCGUUCUCUUUGGCCGGUGACGUCAGCACACACCGCGGACAUUCGUUCUUCGACAUACGCAUACGCUUGUACUGGCACGGCCGGCUCCUCAACCUGCAUCUGUUCGCGCUCCCCAUGUUCGACCGCCACACCGCCGAGAAUAUGUUCAACAUUAUUGCCAAGCUCAUGGACGCGCUCUUCCCGAAUUGGCGGGCAAAGUUGAUCGGCGUGUCGAGCGACGGCGAGAAUACGAUGACCGGGAGCCACCGCGACCUCGUCACGAGCCUGUGUCGGCCGCCGAGUACAAUGUCAUGCGCGUAUGCUACCGCGCCGGCCAUUAACGCGAUCAACAUCACAUUUGCCCUGCUGCAGAACCGGUCUCUGCUCUCCACACUGGCGCAGCAAGAGGCCCACAUCAUGGUACUUGUCGCCACGAUCAAAACCAUGUUCGAACUCAAACUCAUCGAUCAGGACGAUGCCGACGCGGAGGAGGACAACGAAUUCGUGCGGUUUAAGGCAAUGCGUGUCCGGACCGGCCAUCUCGUCACCCUGAUCGAGGAAGAGGGAUCAAUGGCUCACCUGCAAGCCGUGAGGGCAGAGAGCGACGACAACAACUUGCCGCGGGUGAUCGUGUCGCCACCGAAUCUACCUGGUGAACUGAUCGGACUUCGGCCGGCCCACUUCAUUCGCGAUGUGCUGGACCCGCACCGUGAUCGUAUUCUACGCUUCUGGUCUGCUGAGGACAUCGACCAGGUCGAGGAGGAUCAUCGCCAGAUGUUCGCCGUCUACAAGAACGUUCCCAUCCUGCGCUGUGCCAUCGACGAGCACGAUGUCAAGACAACCUUUGACGACGCCUGGGACGUGGCGCCUGGCAAAUAUCUGCGACUGCGCACGUUUUGCGGUGGACUGGCGACCGUCUUUCCGAACACGACUUCGGUCGAAUCAUAUUUUUCAAUUCUGAAAUGGGAGGCGGACUCGAACAGGACGGACCUGAUGCAUCUUUCGCUUGAAGUAAUUUUCCAAGCGAAGCAGUGCGCUUUGCUGCAGUAA